AUGGUCAAUGCCACCAGAGUAUUUAUCUCUUGUAACAUACCUAUGGCGCAGUUCAUCAUCCACUACAACAAUUCACUGCCCCAAAAGUUCACGAUACACGUCUUGGAUGAUACUCACCUGUUAGUGCCACCCCAAGCAGCUGAGAUGAUAAGAAGAGCCAUUUCAGAAUUUAGAGACCAGAAUUCUUACGAGAAGCCUGCUUAA